AUGGAGUCGGGCGCACUUGUGACCGACGAGAUUGUCGUCGGUAUCAUUAAGGACGCCAAUAAGAGUUCGGAAUGCCGUCGUGGUUUUACUCUUGACGACUUCCCACGAACAAUCCUCGACGAGAUGUUGACGAAGGAAAACACCUCGGUGGAUGCUGUGGUGUUUAUUUACGUGCCGGACAAGUGCUUAUUGAACGCAUUGCAGGUCAACGCAUUUUUUACGUACGCAUGGGCGCUUUCUGUAACGGGACACCCUGAAGCUUGUACUGGUGACAAGGAAGACGGUAAGAAGAAGCGAGUACUUGGUUAA